AUGCCGUCUCAGGAAGAACAAGAACUGCUGGCCAGAAUCGGCCAGCUUGCGGAUAACACUCACCGACAUGGCGCCUUCCCCCACAAGCAUCGAGUCCAGCCGUACCCCUCCACCCGAGGUGGCCCAACAGGUUUUCGGCACCGAUCCUUGGUGGUAAACAAAGAUGGAACUCAAACACCUCCUUCCGAUGCGUCGUCUCCUGCGGAGGGUUCUGUCUCGACGACUUCCUCAGGCGCCUGGAUCUCGAAGAAUACUCGCGGUCAGAGGUCGCUGAUCAACUCGGCCGUUUACGACAAGACCAAUGAAGCACAUGUCAAGGCCAUUGAGGCGUCGCGCCAACAGAAGAUUCGUCAGCAGGACGCGCGCGAGCAACAACAGCUUGCCAACCAUUUCCAACGCUACAGCGGCAAUGCAAGCGCACCGCAUACUCCCACUAACCCGACAGCGACAGGCAAUCACGAGAUAGAGAUCCAAGGCAUUCGCUUUCGUGUCGCGAACAGCGGCAGCAAGCUCAUCAAGGUGUCGGGAGAUCUCCACCCAGUCAACGCUACCCCCAAAGUCGCCUUCGUUGGGGGUGUCAAAUUUCAUCGAAGCAAGACCGGUAAUCUGUACCGCGACGGUGUGCUCAAAGCUCAACGCCAAACUGGCAUCAAAAAGGUCGACGUGCCUUGCAGCAUGUUUUCGCUGACUGGUGCUCUGGUCUGCCGUUCCUUUGGGAUGUACGGCUACUGCGACAAGGGAGACGGAUGCGAAGAGCGACACGUUUUCGAGUGCCCCGACUUCAGCAACACGGGCAAGUGUAAAACCAGGGGCUGCAAGCUCCUUCACCGCGAGAGGGCAAGCGUCCUUCGGAAGCGGGCGGACGGCGCCGAAAUGGAGGAUCUGUCGAGCGAUGACGAGCCGGUCGAUAGCGACGACGUGGACUCAGACGAAGUGGAGGAGUUUAUCACCGAUGGUGCUGGUGAUGAUACUGACUUCAAGGUUCAGAAGGACUUUAUCUCUUUCUGA